CAACACCAAACCAAUCCUUUGGGAAAGCUAAGAAUGUGUUUGUACAACAACAAAGUGUGGCUGUCCUUGUUCCACACCAUGCCUUUUCAAAAACCCAUAUUUGUUCCACAACAACAACAACAACAACAACUCUCCUCUCCUCUUCUUCACUGUAAAUCACUCAUCUUUCUCUUUUCUCUUUCCUUAGUUUCUCUGGGCAAUGGCUACUUUACAAUCUCUUGCUUUCUCUUCUCCACUCUCUCACUACAUUCAUCAUCUUCAACCACCUUCUUAUUCAGGUAAAGUAUCAUGGUCCAUCCAAGCAAGUUCAAACUCCACAUUCAAUGGCCAAUCUUUGCAACUAACUCGCCCCCGAUGGACUCGGUUAAGACAGAAUGCUCAAGUGCCUGGUUCCAUGAUAAUGAUGGUAAAGCCAACCAUCCAAUUCAUCCAAGGAACUGAUGAACAGACAAUACCAGAUGUGAGGCUAACAAAAUCAAGAGAUGGUACUAAUGGUAUGGCUAUAUUCAAGUUUGAUCAGCCUUCGGUUUUCGAUUCAUCUGGUGAAGUUGGUGACAUAACUGGGUUUUACAUGAUUGAUGAAGAAGGUGUUCUUCAAUCAGUUGAUGUAAGUGCUAAAUUUGUGAAUGGAAAACCUGCUGGUAUUGAAGCUAAGUACAUAAUGAGGACUCCAAGAGAUUGGGAUAGGUUCAUGAGAUUCAUGGAGAGAUAUUCUAAUGCAAAUGGCUUACAAUUCAUUAAAAAAUAAGAUGUUGUAUAUCCUUUUUCAUUGCCUUUUUACACUUCCAUAAUUGUUCAACUUACUUUUCUUUGUUUGUUUUUGUCAUCAAGACAAGUGAAACUACUUCACUUUCAAUUUGAAAUCAACCAAUUUUGUUGUUCUUACUCA